UUUUGCCUCGGACAGCCGGCGGAGGAUCAGCGGCUCGCAGCGGCUCGCAGCGGACUGUCGGCCCAGCGUCCCCGGCGGUGGAUCCAGCUCUCUGCGGCUCUCUGCGGCUCCCUGCGGGUUUCUGCGGCAUGGCGGCGCUGCGGCGGCCCGCGGUUCGGGCGCAUCGGCUCUUCUGAGGAUUUGUUCAUUUGGCGGUUGUUUUGGAAGCGGCGCGGAGCAGCAGAGGGGGUUCGGUUCUGCUUCGGAUGGUCAGGUUCCCAGUGAGGAUGUGGCAGUGAGCAUGCUCAGUGCGCUGAUUGUCACCAUGGAGUCAGUGGGUAGCAGCCCGGCCUGCAGCGAACAGAAAAACUGUACAGCCGACGAUGAAUCCAAAGACUACUGCUACUCAGCCCGCAUCCGCAGCACGGUGCUGCAGGGGCUGCCGUUCGGAGGCGUGCCCACUGUGCUCGCCCUGGACUUCAUGUGCUUCCUGGUGCUCCUCUUCGUCUUCUCCAUCCUGAGGAAGGUUGCGUGGGAUUAUGGCCGCCUGGCGCUGGUCACAGAUGCAGACAGACUGAAGAAGCGUUUCAGCGACCUGGAGGAGCAGGAAUACGUUGCCUCAGCGAUGCACUCGGAGACUCCGGAUCGCUACGAACGGCUCACCUCGGUGUCCAGCUCUGUGGACUUUGACCAGAGAGACAACGGCUUCUGUUCCUGGCUCACCGCCAUCUUCAGAAUAAAGGACGAGGAGAUCCGUGAGAAGUGCGGCGAGGACGCCGUGCACUACCUGUCCUUCCAGCGCCACAUCAUCGGCCUGCUGGUCGUCGUCGGCGUCCUCUCCGUGGGCAUCGUCCUGCCGGUGAACUUCUCCGGUGACCUGCUGGAGAACAACGCCUACAGCUUCGGACGCACCACAAUCGCCAACCUGAAGUCAGAGACCAAGCUGCUGUGGCUCCAUACGACCUUUGCCUUCAUGUACCUGCUGCUGACGGUCUACAGCAUGAGGAGACACACAUCUAAGAUGCACUACAAGGAGGACGAUCUGGUGAAACGCACUUUAUUCAUAAACGGCAUCUCCAAGUAUGCUGACGAGAGUCAGAUCAAGCAGCACUUUGAGCAGGCCUACGACAACUGUGUGGUUCUGGAGGCUCGGAUCUGUUACAACGUGGCCAAACUGAUGGCGCUGAGCGCUGAGAGGAAGAAGACGGAGCGCAGUAAGAAGUUCUUCACCGACCUGAUGGCUAAGGAGCACGUUCCCACCAUGAUCAACCCCAAACCCUGCGGACACCUGUGCUGCUGUGCCAUCGCCGGCUGCGAGGAGGAAGAGGCUGUGAGCUACUACACCAAGAGAGAGGCCAAGCUGAAGGAGGAGUACAGGAAGGAGAAGGAGAAGGUCCACACCAAGCCCCUGGGCAUGGCCUUCGUCACCUUCCAGAACGAGGCCAUGACCGCCAUCAUCCUGAAGGACUUCAACGCCUGUCAGGUUCAGGGUUGUCGUUGUCGCCAGGAGCCGUGUUCCUCUCAGUUCAGCGAAGUCCUGCAUGUUCACAACUGGAGUGUGACGUACGCGCCGGACCCGCAGAACGUCCGCUGGGAGCAUCUGUCGCUGGGCGGGAUCUCCUGGUGGAUCCGUUGCUUCAUCAUCAACUGCAUCCUCUUCAUCCUGCUCUUCUUCCUCACGACGCCGGCCAUCAUCAUCUCCACCAUGGACAAGUUCAACGUCACCAAGCCUGUGGAGUAUCUGAACAACCCCAUAAUCACUCAGUUCUUCCCCACCCUGCUGCUCUGGGCCUUUUCUGCUCUGCUGCCCACCAUCGUCUAUUACUCUGCCUUCUUUGAAGCUCACUGGACCAGGUCUGGAGAAAACAGGACCACCAUGCACAAAUGUUACACCUUCCUGAUCUUCAUGGUUCUGCUGCUGCCGUCUCUUGGACUCAGCAGUCUGGAUGUUUUCUUUCGCUGGCUGUUCGAUAAGAAGUUCCUGGAUGACGCUAAAGUCAGAUUUGAGUGCGUCUUCUUACCGGAUAACGGAGCGUUCUUCGUCAACUACGUCAUCGCCUCGGCCUUCAUCGGGAACGCCAUGGACCUGCUGAGGAUCCCCGGUCUGCUCAUGUACAUGAUCCGCCUGUGCCUGGCUCGCUCCGCCGCCGACCGCCGCAACGUGAAGAGGCACCAGGCCUACGAGUUCCAGUUCGGCGCCGCGUACGCCUGGAUGAUGAACGUCUUCACGGUGGUGAUGGCCUACAGCAUCACCUGCCCCAUCAUAGUCCCCUUUGGUCUCAUGUACAUGCUGCUGAAACACCUGGUGGACAGGUACAACAUGUACUACGCCUACCUGCCCUCCAAGCUGGACAAGAAGAUCCACUCAGCUGCAGUGACUCAGGUGGUGGCGGCGCCCAUCCUCUGCCUCUUCUGGCUGCUCUUCUUCUCCACUGUCCGCACAAGCUUUGAUACGCCCACCUCCAUGUUCACUCUGGUGGUUCUGGUCGUCACCAUCGUGGUCUGUCUGUCCCACGUCUGCUUUGGACACUUCAAGUACCUGAGCGCCCACAACUACAAGAUCGACACAAAGGAGAGCGACGUGGACGCCGUGAAGAACGGACGACCGGCUCGCUCUUCGUCCUCUCCAACCAACAAGUCUCAGCAGCAGGUGGCGCCGCAGCAGCAGAUGUACAUCGCCCAGGUGCUGCAGGACCCGAACUCGGACGAGCCGGGCGGCGCCAGCAGCGAGGAGGACCGGGGCUCGUCGCAGGACGAGGAAAUGCUGAACGGAGGGAACAGCAUCAACGAGGCGGAUUUCCAGUCGGGGGAGGACAGUCUGAUCGCCAACGAGGUCCACCAGUAGCCGGAGGCGGAGCUAGAGGAAGGGGCGGAACUAGCCACACCACAGCUACCAAUAAGGCUAACUGGAGAUUCACCGUUCGCACUCAAACGGUAGUGUGGCUGGGUUAGCCCCGCCCCCCUCAGCCUGAAGACUUGACCCUGACCUUUGACGCCGGCGCCGGAUCGCCACCAUCCAGCCCUCCACAGGAAGUCACUGUACAUACCCACAACGCCAAAACUGUCGUCCGUUAUCCGGGUGAGGGUGGGGUCCAACUUGUGCCUGGGCUGGUUUCCGUUUGUUCGCACUCGUGUCUUGAUCCCCAUCGAUUCCUGUUCCGUCGGAAGAACGAACGCGUCGGACCGCUGAACUCUCCAACCGUCCGAUCCAGUAGCCGUAGAAGCUUCGCUAACGCAGAACGGCCCCACCUUCCUUCUGUUCCCAAAACUCCGAUGUCUGUUCUGCACAUCCUUUUGGUUUGCCGUCGACCCGCCGAGCUUCUCGCUGCAUGUCGUGACAUCGCCACCUAGGGGCGACAUCAUUCAUCACAGGAACAAACUCACCCGGAUUCCUUUGUUUGUCAGCAGCUUGUCCGUCCAGAUCCUCCCCUCCCGGAUUAUCUCACCUGGACUACCUUAAGUUGUGAAUAAGGGAAUGGGACGUUGGUGUCGGUAGCCUAGCGCUUCGACUCCUUCAAGACUCUCUGACUCUUCCGGCGGCAGAGAGCUCGGAUGUCCGGAGACACGGAAGAGCAGCGCUUUUCGUCCGGUCCGAUGCCUGAAGCUGUUUGGACUCUCAAGGGAAACGUUUUGUUGUGUCUUUUGUGAACUCUGUGUGUUUGUGUGUGUGUGUGUAUUCGAUUGCUCUCCGGCAUUCAUUUCAUACAGUCCAGCACCGUCUCCAGGUAAUAGAACCGGUUCCGGUUCUGGUUCCUCUGGUCCCGGGUGGUUCUGAU